AUGACGACGAGGCUACUGUCCUCGCGCUUGGCCCCCUUUGUGCAGCGGAUAUCGACGUCGCUGCGACGUCCCAUACCUCCAAAUGUAGCCUCCAUCUACGGCAGCGCCGCUCUUGUUGCCAACCGCCCUGUCUCCCACGCUGUGCUUUCACGCAGCGGUAGCGUGUUGCGGAAAUGGCCACAGAGAAGACAGUGGCCACUGGGUCACAAUACCAUACACAACCUGCCCGCUGUACGCCAUGCAUCCUUUGCUCGGUUCCUACCCAGGUUGGCUACGAAAUUGGUGCGGAUACCUGCUAUGUUGGGCGCCGCCAUGAUCGGAGGAGUCACAUAUUUGCAAUAUCAAGCUGCUCAGGGAUGGUCAUAUGCAACCGACGUUUUCGGCAGGGCUAGGGAUACGGCGAGCACGGCGGCCAACGGCUUACUGGAGGGCGCUGGCGAUAUCUUUGCGCAGAUGAGCAGAGGCUAUGACAAGACGAAGGAUGAGGUGAAGGGCGUGCAAAUGCCGCAAUGGAUGAAGGAUAUCUACGAAGGUCGGGCCGGAAGGGAGGGGGGCGGCGAGGGAGGAGGAGGAGGGCCAAACGCACCCAAAGAAUCUAGCACUGGAGCUGCAGUCGCCGGCGCUGGUGCUGCCACAGCUGGUGCCUUUGCCAUGGAUGCGGAUGGAGAGGACGAGCGAUCCGAAGACACUGCAGCCAGGGAUGAUCAGAUGAUGAUGCUCACCCGCAAGAUGAUUGAGAUUCGAUCCUUGCUCCAGUCGAUAGGCCAGUCGGAGUCUUUGACUCUGCCAUCAAUAGUUGUCGUCGGAUCGCAGUCGUCAGGGAAGAGUUCCGUCCUGGAAGCGAUUGUUGGCCAUGAGUUCCUUCCUAAGGGCUCGAAUAUGGUCACUCGAAGGCCAAUCGAGCUCACACUGGUCAACACACCGAAAGCUCAUGCUGAGUAUGGCGAGUUUCCUGCGCUUGGCUUGGGCCGAAUCACAGACUUCAGUCAGAUACAAAAGACCCUGACAGACCUCAAUCUGGCCGUGCCGGAAAAGGACUGUGUCUCGGACGACCCCAUUCAGCUCAGGAUCUACUCACCACACGUACCAGACUUAUCUCUUAUCGACCUGCCGGGGUAUAUUCAAGUCGAAGCGUUUGAUCAGCCGACAGAGCUGAGAACCAAGAUUCAAGACCUUUGCGACAAAUACAUUCAGCCUCCAAAUGUCAUACUUGCCAUCUCGGCAGCAGAUGUGGAUCUAGCCAACUCGACAGCAUUGAGAGCAGCGCGGAGGAUGGACCCUCGCGGAGAGCGGACCAUCGGAGUUGUUACGAAGAUGGAUCUGGUCGAUCCUCUUCGCGGUGCACAAAUACUAUCUGACAAGAACUACCCUCUACGGCUGGGCUACGUCGGUGUAGUGUGCAAAAUACCACAGGAAUCCAGAACGCUGUUCUCAAGAGGAUCAGCAAACAUCACAAGCCUCAUCACCAAGAACGAGUCGGCCUAUUUCAAAGCACAUCCCGAGGCUUUUGGGCCGGACGCAAAGAUUGAGGGAACCGUUGGUACUCCAGCGCUGCGCAAGAAGCUAAUGCAUGUGCUGGAGUCCACAAUGUCCGCAUCGCUGAAAACGACGAGCGAAGCAAUCCAUCACGAGCUUGCCGAGGCAUCCUACGAAUUCAAGGUUCAAUACAAUGAGCGUUCACUCAGCGCAGAGAGCUAUCUCGCAGAAUCAUUGGAUGCAUUCAAGCAUGGUUUCAAGAGCGUCUCUGAGUCCUUCGGCCGGGAUGAAGUGAGAGAGAUCGUUAAGAAUGAGCUAGAUCAGCAGGUACUGAACCUUCUCGCACAAAGGUAUUGGAAUCGGCCGGUUGAAGACCUGCGACGUAUUGACCCGUUGGCGGAAGGUGCACAGGAACCUCUCGAGAGUCUACCAAAAGCUGAUCCAGAGAACCCACUAUGGCAUCUGAAGCUCGACGCUUCGACUUCCACUCUCACAAAGCUUGGUAUUGGCAGAUUAGCUACAUCUGUUACCGCACAGGCUUUGCAGACUGCAGUUCAAGAUCUAAUCCAGAAUACCCCGUUCGCAUCCCACCCAUUCGCUGUCAGCGCCAUCACACAAGCUUCGGAGAAUAUCCUGCGAGACCUGAGUUUCGACACGAGCGACGAGCUGGAAAUCUGCGUCAAGCCAUACAAGUAUCGUGUUGAGGUCAGCGACGCCGAGUGGAGGCAAGGGCGUGAAAACAUUGGCCGUGUGCUCAAGGAUGAGCUCAAGCACUGCGAAGAAGCUUUUAAGGCCGUUGAAGAGCAGAUUGGAGGGAGGAGAAGAGCAAAAGACGUGAUAUCUUUCAUCGAUCGAGUACGAAAAGGAGAUGUGGUCCUCGAGGGCGAUGGCGUCGGUGGAGCUGGUGGCUUCUCAGCUUCGCUGCUUGAGACGGGCAAGCAGGCACUAUUCCUUCGCGACCGGUCGGACAUCCUAAGAAUGCGCCUUGCUGCAGUCAAGAGCCGGCAAUGCGCUCAACCGAAAAACAAAUACUAUUGCCCGGAAGUCUUCCUGGACGCCGUAGCAGAUAAGCUAACGUCCACCGCCGAUCUCUUCCUCGACGCCGAGCUCCUCAGCAAGUUCUACUAUCAAUUUCCACGUGUAUUGGAGAAGUGGGGACGAGAGCUCGACGAGAGCACUAUCGAGCGCUUUGCGCGAGAGGAUCCUAAGAUCCGAAGACAUCUCGAUGUGGUCAAGCGGAAAGAGCUACUCGAGCACGUGCUCAAAGAGAUGGAGAGUUUGAGGCAGCUCGAAGCACGCGAAAAGAGAAACGGCUCCAGAGGAACACAGACGGACGAAGGUGGGAGAAGGAGAAGAGGCUGGGGGCUGUUCUAG